AGAGAUAUUUUGCGGAAAGACAAAAGGAGGUUUUGCCUGCUAUUUCUAGUAGAUGAGCGAUCCCAUGAAAGCUGAUGUAUUCAUUCAAUCAGCUGAAUUACCUGCUCCUGGAUUAACGUGUUAGUGAGGAUUUCAGACACGUGUACUUUUAAUCACGGAAUCAACAUAAAUACAAUUUGCCUUGCCACAUACUUUUAAAAAUUACAUUCGUUAAUCCAUCCGACGGGGUUCCAUCCAGUUUCUGUUUGCCCAAUUUCAUUUACAAAUUAUGAAUCAACUCGCGACAGUAAACCAUGAAAUUUGUCCAAGAGACCAGGCGUUAGGAUCGAGCCUGGGACGUUGUGGUUGCCAAGCGAACGUCUUAACCAUUCGGCCACACUGCGAACUUAUUAACCUAAUGUAGGUGGGCGUUAGGGGAAAGGAUUAACAGAGGAAGUGUCAAAAAUUAGUCUGAGAUUUCGGUGUGAACUAGCACUGAAUGUUAACCAAAACAAAACUCCAGGAUGGUAGAUUACUCAGUCAAAUUUUGGAUUAUGGUAAAACAGGAAUAUCAUUAGGCCUUAUAUCUAUUUGGUGUGUUGCUGUUGUUGGCUGCUGUUGAAGGAAGCAAGAUGAUUGAUGUGGUGGCCACCCUCCCUCGUGGGCCAGUCUACCUUGCAGGGGAGACAAUCCAUUGUAUCAUCACUUUCUCAAAUUCAGCUCUUCCUGAAUAUGAAUCUCAUGGUGAGCAGUAUGAUGUUCUUGCUUGGGCCAGCGUCCAGAUACAUUGUCAAAGAACAGUGAGUGAGACGCGUAUUGUCUUGCCAUCUUCCACUAAUUUAUCCACUGAAGAAGUAUCAACAACAGGCUGUGAGACAUCGUUUGUUCCAAACAAAGGAGAAAAAGGUUGUACAGUUCUUUCAACAAAACCAAAAAUACUUUUCUGUGACCUCAAACUGGCACCUGGAGAGUCAAAACAAUAUGAAUACAAAGACAUUGUACCAGCUGAUUCACCUCCUUCCUAUCGAGGUCAAGCUAUUAAAUACUCUUACAAGAUCACCAUUGGUACACAGAGACUCAACCAACCAACAAAAUUACUUCGCAUUCCUAUUCGUGUUAUGGUGCUAUUUGGGUUAAAUGAUACAAGUGUUUAUAAUGAAAACGAAGUAGAUGUAGCUCCAACAAACCCAUUCUUGAAGCAUUCCAGGAAGGAGAAUUCUAUUUUAGAUAUGGCAUUGCAAGUUCUAUCCACAGUCACUACCAGGAAAACUGCUCGUUUCUACAACAUCACAAAUGUUCGAGGAAAAGUUGCUCGUUUUCAUCUGUUUAAAAAUGCAUAUCGUUUGGGAGAAGAUAUCAAUGGAGUGUUUGAUUUUUCAGGUGGUAGUGUAGCUUGUGUCCAGCUGAGUGUGUCCCUGCAGAGUGAAGAGAGCGUUGCCGAGGAAUGCUGUCGCAAAAAGAACCAACCCACUUCCAUCACUUUCUAUGGCAAACAGCAAGAGAUGUGCCUUCAUACCCAGCGCACCCACAUCAGUAUCCCUGUGCCGCUUACUAUAACUCCUGGCUUCAUUACUGACAUAGUUUGUCUUCGAUGGAGACUUCAUUUUGAGUUUGUCACAGUAGUUGAUGAAGUACAUGACACCGAACAGAUUGUAGCAGCUGAUGGUUGCUCCAUGUGGCAGGGACCGCCAGUACUAAAUGUUGAGACAAUGGUGUGGGACCUACCUAUUAAAAUAUUUCCUACGAGUCCAAUCCAUGCAUGGAGUGCUACUUUGCUGAAAAGUGAAGAAUUUAUCCAAGUUUAAUGGUUUCCGAUAAAAAGGAAGAGAAAGAAAAAUCUGUAUAAUACCUGAAUAUAUUUGUGUGAAUGUAAAGGAGGUUGAUUGCAGUUGUGUUGACAUUAACGAACAUUCGUAAAAUGUUAGCAGCAAGAUAUUUGAAUCAAAUAUUACUGUGUUACCUGUGAGGCCUGUAAACCAAGAUAAGUUUCGGUCACUCACAACAAAUGAAGGGAUGUCAUCAUAGCUUUGUAUUAUAUUGUCCCUGUAAAAUCACAGCAACUAAAUCUUUAUUCACAUAUCAGCUACCCAUUUAUUUAAUUGACAAAAAUGAAAGUUUAUUUGAGAUAGUUUCUCUGAAAAUACUCUCCUGUAGAUAUCCAGGAAUAAACAUUGACAAAGUAACUUAGUCAUUCUUUAUGUUACAGACAUUUGAAAGAAUCACAAGAGCUCUAGCAGAAUUGCUAUUUAUAAAGUAUUUUUAUUUUCAACACUUCUAUUUUCUGUCCAAAUUUUUAUUUCCUCACUGAGACAUAUCUUUUCAAAUAAAUCAAUAAGAUUUUAAACGAGUUAAGAAGUAGUUCAAAUUCAGCAAAGUAAAACAUUUAUUUAUUGUAUUUAAUCAAAAUUCCAUUUUCUAAAUUGCUUUCAAAAUUCCAUAUUCUAAAUUGCUUUCAAAAUUCCAUAUUCUAAAUUGCUUUCAAGAUUCCAUAUUUCAAAUUGCUUUGAAAGUAUAAACAAUUAUUUAGUUCAGAUAAAUGAAUGGAAUUCCUAGACAAUGUGCAAUUCCAUAACUCCUAUAACCAGUUCUAUAUUUCACCAUCUUGUAUUGUAAAAAGAAGAAAAUUCGGAAUAGCCAAAGUAUUUUUUUUCUUGCAUAGGAUCAUACACACAUUUAAAAUAUAUGAUCUCUUAUCAUUUUUUCCUCAUCUCAGUCAGAUUUAAUUCCACAUACUUGUCUUCCAAAUAUAUACCAUAGUGUACAUGAAAUAAUUUCUAUGAAAUAUUAUUAAACUGAAAAAGAAAUUCUAUGAAGAAA